AUGUCACGCAGACCUCCCACUGACCGGGCUGUGACCCCAGAGCACGAUGUCUGCAGGCACUCGGACACUCUGCUUCCUCCUCUGGACAGGGGGGGUCAUGGGGGGGUCAUGGGGGGGUCAUGGGGGGGGGGGCUGAAGAACUUGGGUCCUGUCAUGACCCUCUGGAAACCCCAGCUCCUCCUGUGUCUGACCGAGCUGUGGAUGAAAGGCAGUGAGAGUCUGAGGUCAGCCACAGCCCGCAGCCUCAGCGGGUCAGGGGGGGGGUCAGGGGGGGUCAGGAGGGGGUCAUGGGGGGGUCAGGGCCGGUGCUGGGGUCGUCCAGGGGCCAAGGCUCUCUCCUCUGACUGUCACAUGGUCCACAGCCAUAGGGCUCAUACCUCUGCUGGACACCAGGGGGACUCAGCAGGCUCUUUGGGAGUGGUUUUGUGA